GUAACAAAGCCUCCUGUUCCUUUAACGCCGCUCACGUUGCACUGCAGGCUGGGUCUCUCCUGCAUGCUGUCUGUCAGCUGAGGCUAAAGCUUUGCAAACAUCGCUUCCUAACUUGUCAAACUCACCUUUUCAACACCACCAAUUCAUUGAAAUCCGCCUAACAACGAACUAAGUAACAGCCAAGUGAUAUAAACCCAUCGUUUCCUUUGAUAGCUUGUAGCUACUGGAGACUCGCCUCUCUGUGAGCCACACCAAGAGAACAUAACUUAAGUAUAUUCAGUUAUAUUAUAAAUAUUUUUUGCUUUUUGGGGGUAUUCAACCCAACCUUCAGUCUUGACAAUGACAGAAGAACUUGAGCAGAUCCUCCUCCAAAUGACACAGCCUGACAACGCCGUUAUUCAGCAGGCCACAAUCCAGCUGAAGCAUGCCUUUAAAGACCCAGGCAUCAUCCCUGCCCUUUGUGCUGUCAUGAGUGGCUCCCAAAACACUCAGGUCCGUCAGUCGGCUGCGGUGAUGCUGAGGCUGAGAGUGAAGAAACGGUGGAUAAAGAUAAGCCCAGCUGACAGAGAAAGCCUCAAGGUGGUGGUGUUGCAGGCGUUCAUGCAAGAGACAGAACACACAGUGCAGCACUCGCUGUCUCAAUUGUGCGCGGUCAUGGUCAAACACGAGACGCCCGACAGCUGGCCCGCCCUGCUGGAGCUCCUCAAUAAAUCUACCAAGAGUGUUGACCCGCAUGACAGACAGGUCGGACUCCUGCUUCUUAACAAGGUGAUCGAGUCCAACCCUGAGCCUUUCCAGCCUCACUACUGCCAGCUGUUGAAGCUCUUCAGCACCGUGCUGAAGGACCACAACAAUCCCACUGCCCUCUACUACUGCAUCCUCACCCUCACCGCCAUAACGACCUACACGGGCACAGAACACAUGAACCAAAUGCGCGCCAUCAUCCCCAGUGUGAUCGAAGCUCUAAAACAUCUCAUUAAAGCCGAUCAGAGCCAAGCCAGCGACGCCAUGGAGGUGUUCAACGAGCUGAUGGAGAGCGAGGUGUCCAUCAUUGUGCCUCACGUUGCCGACGUGGUUGGCUUCUGCUUAGAAGUGGGCAGUGACCCCACACUGACUGACUCCCUGCGAGUUAAAGCUCUCUCUUGCAUUUCCUUCCUCAUCAAGUUAAAGAGCAAGGCGGUGCUGAAGCAGAAACUGCUGCUUCCAAUUCUGCAGGUCAUCUUCCCCAUUUUGACUGCAGCGCCACCGCCUGGAGAGGAGGACCCGGAAGAUGCGGAAGAUGAAGAUGGAGACGGCACAGACAAUGACAGUCCCAAACAUUGUGCUGCUCAGAUUAUUGACACUAUGGCGCUCCGUAUGCCUCCAGAGAAGCUCUUCCAACAUCUGAUGCCACUGACUCAGACCUGCUUUGCCAGUGAUGAUCCCUAUCAGAGGAAGGGGGGCCUCAUGUGUCUCGCUGUGCUGGCUGAAGGAUGUGCAGAUCAUAUACGCACCAAGAUGCUGUCGUCAGUGCUGCAGACAGUUUGCCAAAGUCUUUCUGAUAAUAAUCAGGUGGUGCGCAGCGCCGCCCUCUUUGCCUUGGGACAGUUCUCUGAACAUUUACAGCCAGAGGUUAGUAAAUAUUGUGAAGAGUUGAUGCCUUUGCUGCUGGGCUACCUUUCCUCCUUGAACCAGGCCAAAGUUGGCCAUGUCACUAAGGCUUUUUACGCGCUGGAGAACUUUUUGGAGAACUUGGGAGCAGAAAUUGAACCCUACCUUCCCACACUGAUGGACACGAUGUUGUCUGCCCUCAACAGCUCGGACAGCUUGAAAAUCAAAGAGCUCACUGUGUCUGCCAUUGGCGCCAUAGCCAAUGCUGCCAAGGAGCUGCUGGUUCCUUACUUCCCUCCAGUGAUUGAAAGCCUAAAGGGCUUCCUGACCACCACCACAGAGGAAAUGAGGGCUCUGCAAACCCAAUCUUUGGACACUCUCUCUGUGCUUGCACGGACCAUUGGCAAAGAUGUCUUCAGCCCUCUUGCUGCUGAGUGCGUUCAACUGGGCCUGAAACUCACAGACUCUAUAGAUGACCCCGACCUAAGACGCUGCACGUACAGUCUGUAUUCAGCUGUGUCUACAGUCAGCCCUGAGUGUCUAACUCCUCACCUCCCUCCCAUUACAACCAUCAUGCUACUUGCCCUUAAGUCCAAUGAAGGCAUCACAGCACACAUCGGGGAGGACAAGACGUUUGUCCUGCUGGACGACGACGAUGACGACGAUGCCAAGGAAGAGGAAAAAGAAGAAUUUCUGGAAGAGGAGCCCGAGACGGAUAUCCACGAUGUUGCAGGGUUCAGUGUGGAGAACGCCUUCAUUGACGAGAAAGAGGAUGCCUGUGAUGCGCUGGGAGAGCUUGCCUUCAACACCGGUCUUGUUUUCCAGCCCUUCCUGGAGUCGAGCUUUCAGCAAGUUUUCGAGUUAAGAGACUAUCCACAUGAGGAUGUUCGCCGAGCAGCGUUUGGGGCCCUGGGCCAGUUCUGCAGAGCACAGCACAAAGUGUGGAAAGAGAAUCCCAGUGAAUUUAACCAACAAGCUUUACUGAAGAUGCUAGAUGUGGUGCUGCCAUGCUUCUUGGAGACGGUGCGCUCAGAGCCCGAGCGCCAAGUUGUGAUGGCAAUCCUGGAAACUAUGAAUGCUGUCCUAAAGUCCUGUAAGGAGGAGGCUUUCAAGGACCCCACGCGCCUCAAGGAGAUCAGCCAUGUUAUCCGCGAUGUACUUAAGAAGAAGACAGCAUGUCAGGACAGUGAUGAUGCUGAUGAUGAAGAGCAACAGGCGGAGUACGACGCCAUGCUCCAAGAGUUUGCGGGUGAAGGCAUCCCCUUACUAGCCGCCUACGUGCCGGCGGACAGCUUCGCUCCUUUCCUCAAUGACUUGCUGCCUCUCAUCAUGAUCAAAACUAAAGUAUCAUGUACCGUGGCAGAAAAGUCCUUCUCUAUCGGCACACUUGGGGAAAUUCUUCAGGCUCUUAUCAGCUCUCCUGGAGGUCAAGGACUGGCUGGCAGACUCUCCAAAAGACUUCUCCCAGUCUUUGUAGCCGGAGUGAAGGACGGCGAUGCAGAGGUCCGCAACAACAGCGUGUUCGGACUGGGAUGUCUUGCCCAAGCAGGUGGUCCUACCCUCAUCCCGGAUUACCCCAUGAUGCUGUCGGUCUUUUCCAACCUGCUGUCCAAAGAGUCCGACCGCAGGGUGAUCGACAACUUGUGUGCUGCCCUUUGCAGGAUGAUCCUCAGCAACAUAGACAUAGUCCCGCUGGAGCAGGUUGUCCCAGCUCUGGUGGCUCGUCUUCCUCUGAAAGAGGACUUGGAAGAGAACCAGACGGUGUAUAGCUGCCUGGCCUUGCUGUACUCACACAGUCCUGCUCUGAUGGUGACGCUAAUGAAACCAAUAAUCAGCUCAACCUGUCACGUGCUCGGCAACAAAGAGGUUGAUGAAGAUACGCAGCGAAUGCUGGCAGCGUUUUUGAAGCAAAUCGCUCAGCAGCACGCAGCGGACUUCCAAGGAGCUGCGACGUCUCUUCCACCAGAGCAGCAGGCUCAUCUCAGCGCGGUCAUUGGUAGCUCUUAAUUCCUACAGCAAAAGUUAACAUUUUCAGUUCCAUUUUAUACCAGCGGAAGAACCUCCCCCCCAAGUAUAGAGUAUAACUUGACAACAGAAGUUUGUGCCACUAAUGUAUUUGUUUUAUUACGAUAAGCAUUACCUCUAAACUGUCACAUCAGCCACCACAUUUAUGAAAAAUUAUUUAAUCACCUCUGUAAGUGCUAUUUAACUACCAAACUACAUUUUCUAUAAGGAAUGCAAUACCCAAAUUUUGGGCAAGUUUGCUUUUUAUUACAUUAUAUUCUAGUAAAUACAGAAGGCUUGGAUAUGAAUUAUGUCACAACAUCUCAGAUCUUUAGUUCAGUGUUAAGGGUCGGAUGAGAAAAGAAGCCUCUUCAGUCAUAGUGACAUAUUAUGAUGUAGAUGUCUGAAUUAAACCCAACACCCUGUGUUCCAAUUAGUAACAUGAAUAAACACACAUUUUCUCAA